ACAGAGCGGAGAGGACGGAGCACAGAAUUGUUUUUGCGCGUUUUUACGCACAGAGAUAAGUGACAGUAACAUUAGUUUAAUAGAUAGUCAGGUGUAAUCGUAACGUCCACAUGUGUUACUUAUACUGAAUCUAUUAUUUCCAAGAAAAAGUCUCUAAGUGAACAUUCCAACAGAGCGCGCAGCCGUCGUGCUUUUCUUAAACUUUGGUCCCUUUGCAUUUGCCACCGGAGUUGUCUUGUUAUGAAUUAGGCUUGUAUCCAGUUGGUGGGUUUUAAAGUGACUUUCGGUCUUAAACAGCAAAAUGGAUCCUUUUUUCAAUGUCACCAAUGCGCCAGAUUGGACCACCGGCUCCAACGACACCAACGGGACCACGAACUGGAACCAGUUCGUGCAGCCAGUCUGGAGAAUUGUGCUCUGGGCCAUUGCGUACAGCAGUAUAGUUAUUGUGUCCGUGGUAGGCAAUAUCACAGUGAUCUGGAUUAUUAUGGCGCACAAACGCAUGAGGACCGUCACCAAUUAUUUUCUUCUGAACCUGGCGUUCGCUGAAGCCUCCAUGUCCGCCUUCAACACGGUGAUCAACUUCACAUACGCAGUGCACAAUGAGUGGUAUUUCGGACUGUACUACUGCCGCUUUCACAACUUCUUUCCGAUCGCAGCUGUCUUCGCCAGCAUUUACUCAAUGACCGCAAUCGCUCUGGACAGGUACAUGGCCAUCAUCCACCCUCUGCAGCAGCGCAUGUCCUCCACAGAGACCAAGGUGGUGGUGGGAGUGAUCUGGGUGCUGGCUCUGCUCUUGGCAUUCCCUCAGUACUACUACUCCAACACGGACCAGUACCCCGGCCGGGUGGUGUGCUACAUUGACUGGCCCAAAUACACCGUGUGGGACUUCAAAAAGAUGUACUAUGUGUGCGUGGCCAUCCUGAUCUAUUUUCUUCCACUGCUGGUGAUGGGUUGUGCUUAUCUGGUGGUGGGACUGACUCUCUGGGCCAGCGAAAUCCCCGGAGACUCUUCUGACCGCUACAAGGAGCAGCUUAUCGCCAAGCGCAAGGUGGUGAAGAUGAUGAUCGUGGUGGUGUGUACGUUUGCCAUCUGCUGGCUGCCCUACCACGUCUUCUUCCUGCUGCACCAGGUCUUUCCUGCCAUAUUUGAAAAAACAUGGCAGGAAAGGUUUAUCCAGCAGGUUUACCUGGCUAUCAUGUGGCUGGCUAUGAGCUCCACCAUGUACAACCCCAUCAUCUACUGCUGCCUCAACGACAGGUUUCGUGCUGGUUUUAAACAAGCUUUCCGCUUCUGCCCAUGUGUCCCUCGAGGCUCUUACGAAGGCCUGGAGCUCAAGUCCACUCGCUACCUUCAGACCCAGACAAGUGUUUACAAGGCCAGCCGGAUGGAGACCACCGUGUCCACUGUUCUCCAGGUUGGGGAUGACAUGGAGCAGCCCAAGGUCAAGGCAAUAGCGGCUCCACGGCCGGGUGGGGCUGUGGUGGGAGCCGGACCACAUAACUCCUCCGUGGACCUCACGUCGAAUGGGUCAUCGUCCCGGAGCGUCUCCAAAACCGUAUCGGAGACGUCCAGUUUCUACUCGAGUAACAACCUGCAGGAAUAGACUUCACACGAAGGUGGCAUUUUGCCAGACAGCAGGGAGAGAGAGUGAGUUGGUUGUGUGUGUGUUCAUGCAAAAGAACAGUGUGUGUCUGCCAGUGACUGUGGGGAAGUUUUUGAUGAAUGCAUUUCUAGUGAUUUCACUGGAACAUCGUGUUAGGUCGUUUGCAAGUGAGACUCUCAAGUUGCUGUUCACUGAUUGCUGUCGUCACCCACAACACCCUUGUAAAAAGGACUCAUGCUGCUCGCUGUAAAUGAUCAACUGCCAUUAGAAAGGUUUGCUCAAAAAAAAAAAGUGAUGAAGAGCACUUUGAUGACAUGAGCACAUUCCAGUUCAAAGGCUAAACUGAAGCAUAAGCUAGCACCUCCGAUCUUCAGAGCCUCUGCUUGUCACACCAGCCUUCUCUCAGAGCAGAGUGAAGGUUCACACAUCCUCAGUCACACAUGCUGUGUGACUUCGCAUAGUCUAUUUUGGAGCGGAGCUAUGACAUGAGACCAGCAUGCUGUGAACGCAACGGCUCCUCUGUUUUAACAGAGGUUUUCUCUGCGAGGAGACGGGGUGUGGAGACCGCUACAUCUCUAAUGGAGGAAAUGGAGGAUCCCCUGCAGGCGUGCUGAAAAGUUCAGCAAUCACCUGAAACGCAGGCAACACCUGGCUCAGCUUUCAUCGAGCUAAACAUUGACUUCAACAACUGAAAGCAUCAUCUCUGAAACGUAGAGGAGCUCCAAAUGCUGAAGAUGCAUUCACACCUCAACCCCAGAUUUUGUUUUCUGUGACACCACUGCACCCGAGCAACACUGGUGUGUAGCUUAGAGAUCGAUCUGCAAUAGAGAGCAGACGAAAUGUUCCAGUUUCCCAUAGAAUCAAUACAGUUUAAUAUAAUAAGUGUUGCCUCAGCUCCCUGUCUGUGUUGCUCGCUCCACCUUUAUAAGACACAUGACACUGGUUCAUGAUCUGAAUACAAGGCCACACUUUCAAACUGGGAAAUGUUCAUAUAACUCUCAUUAGCUGCUCUACCCUUCCACCUGGCAGUAACAUGCACUCUGUGACUUAAUGUGAUGUGGCUGGAUUGCAUUUUCUUGUCACCUGUUUCAUUUGUGUGCUUUUUCUUGGUAUUUCUGUGUUUGGUAAUGUGGCUAAAGUCAUGUCUGACCUCCUCUGCACGUAGUUGAGGUGAUCAGAUCUUCGCCUCUCUUAAAUAUUCAUAUUUUAUAUGCUGUCCAUCCACUCACACGAGUUGCAUGUUAGUAUCAGGUUUAAAGGGCUUUGUAGAUGUCGCAGCCUAGAAUGUGCACAGGCAGCCUGUUCGCCAUAGCUCUCGAAUGUGAGGCGAUGUGCCUUGCUGUGCAACGUAUUGUCUGUAAAAGGGCGAGGGUAGCAGAGACGCCGCUCACUCUGCAGGGGUCCAGGAAAAGGUUGGUUAGGUAACUGGGCCUACGGAAGCCCAAUAGGACAUACUGUCUUAACCUUCUAUGGUGGAAAAUACACACAUACACAUAGGUACACACACAAACAUAACUACUGUAAAAAUUGGUAAGCUUGACGUGAGGUUUUUAGUGAAAACAUAUGAAGCUUGUCUUUGUACUACAGUGGCAAAUAACUGCAUUAGUUUCAACUCAUAUCAUGACAAUCACUUCAUGGUUCCAUGCAUAGUUUGUAACAGUUUAAUGGAAGCCAGAAUAGUACAAAUAUCCUGGAGUGAGUUUAAUUACUAAAUCCUUAAGAUUUACAUAUUUUGAUGCAAUUCAAUAUCUUUCGGCUGACCAGAACAAGCUACAAAGUUUGCCAAAAAUAAUGCCAAAAAUAGAGGAUGAAAAAUGGACCACAGCACAAAGAGAGUACCUGUUCGUCCAAUAUUCCUGUUCAGCUCAAUAACAGGUUCCUUUGUGAACCGGUAUUCUGGAGGAAAUUCAAUUGAGUUGAGUCUGUCCUAUAACUUUCUUCACAGAACUUGAUUAUUUUGCUCAAUACAUCUGACAAAGGCAGCCAUAAAAGUUAAACCUCUUUAAGUGUAAAGUUGAUUCUGGAUUAAAUGUUGAAUUGGAGAUUAAAGUUCUGAUGCAGCUGAAUUUAGAGUAAAAACUAACGUUGUGGUUUAGAUUAGCUAGUUUUAAAGUUUGUUGCGACACGAUUGAAAGUCUUAACCAUGAUUUAUUCAUUUUUAAAAAUCUAUCCUUGCUGGUGCAACCCUCUUUGCAAAGUAUUUAAAUGAAAAGUCACAUUUGUCUUGAAACGUUUUUGAAAAAUAUUGACUCAAUCCUUUUUUAAAGAUAGAUAUACACACGCAACCAGAGAGUUGUCACCCAUCAUUCUACAUUCUCACACACACACACACACACUACAGUCACCUCAUGACUCCUGGUCUAUUCUCAAAAGCUGUUGUUAUACAUUCCAGUGUCAGCUGACAUGAAACUGAGCAGCAGAUGAGAAGCAACACGAAUGUAUUUGAAUCAUUGAAACAUUAUAUGAAGCAUAACACUAACAGAAGUUUGUCUCGGCGACAUGGACACACAGCUAACGCUUAAAUACAAACAUGGUGCAGGGACAACAGGCGGUCACAUUCAGAGCAAAAAUAAAAUGGACAUAGAACAGACGGCAUUAAAAGAAACGCCUUGUCAUCAACAUGACAUUCCACUUUUUCACAGAGGCUAGAAUAUGAAAGUGAGACGUCCUACAGAGCUUUUGGGUCAUCAGUUCAGUGAUGAGAACAUUAAGAGCAUAGAUCUCUGGCUUCGAUGCGGCAUGCCAACAAUUUAACAUACACCAUGUUGAGUGAUAGUGUGGGACUUCCUAUUUGAAGGGAAGAAGUUUUGGGGAAUAAGAACUUUCACUGCAAUUAUAAUACACAUAGUAGGAUAAUGGGUUUGCCCUGAUGAUUCUUGAAUGAUGAAUGAUUAUAUCAUUUCAUCAUUAGAUGCUAUUUAAUGACGUAUCAUCAACCAAAUAUAUUACUGUGUUUAGCAAGUGAACACAGAGACUCUGGUUCUUUCUGUUAUAUACAGCCUGGGUACUUUAUUGUUAGCAGCAUCACAUCAUCUCGGUGGAUUAGUAGGAUACUGGUGGUUUAAAGCCCAUAAAAACUUGAUUUCAGUACAUAAUUAAGUAUAAGUAUAUAAAAAAUACAUAAAUCUCUUUAUGAAAUAACCACAGGGUAUUUUCAUGUAUUUAAAAACGUGGAAAAGAGAACCUGUAGCUUCUCCUGGCAACAGCAGUGACACACUAUGACUUGACCUUCAAGCAAUAGCUUUCCUCUGUUGUUCUUCUUCGGGCAGAAGCAUCCAAAGAUGCAAAUCAGCCUAAAAUGAUAUUGUAUAUCUUAAUGAGCAUCUGCAAAGGCAGCCGACCUUCUCAGGAUCAUUACAAUUCAACCACAGAGCCACAAAGAGAGUCAGCUGGGAGAGAACAAGAGCAGUGCCCUUGAUGUUAUUAGAACAUAGUUAUUCGAUUACAUUAUGAACAAGACCUGCACCCUUGAUGCCUCCUGCCCUGAUUGGAUGAUGUCAGUGAGUUGGAUAACAUGUUCCUUGUCUGCAUGUAAAUUAGCUCAUAUUUGUAUCACUAUCCUCACAAGGAUAGUGAAACAAAUAUGUUUGGGUAUGUGUGUGUGUGUGUGUGUGUGUGUUUACUGUAAGUGUAGAGCACCACUUUCCUUUUUUUAACCCAAAGGCAGAGGAUGUGAUUCAGUCACACAAACCAACCUUGCAAAGUGAAAUUAAUCUUGAUGUGAUUUGUCAGUGCAAUGUUAAAAUAUCAUAUUGAAUUUAAAUCUCAACGAAGCCUGUCAAAUUUAAUUACAGGGGCAGAUGACAGACAUAAUAUGACACAACAUAUUCGUGGUAUCCAUUAUAAUGUAGCGUCAGCUGGCUGAGUUAGUGAGAGGAAUAUAGAAGUAGAGUGAACUUAGACUCCAAAAGACUUUUAUAUCACCUCAUUGUCUUUUUAUUCAUUUAUUUUUCAUUUGACCACAGUACCCUAAUCAUAGCCAGCAAUCCAUGAAUAAUCCAACCCCCUGUGU